UGUUUCUUUCACAAAAUAACUAGACUAGGUUGAUACAUGAUUCAUCCCCUCCUAUGUUAAUUGUGUAGAUUAGUUGAUAACAUUUAUCUAAAGUUUGAAUGAAUGAUAACAUGUUUUGUUAAGCAACAUCGCACGCGUUUUUUGUAUCUUCUCAUUUAAUAUUCUUCGACGAAACUUUCAUUACAUAAUUUCAAGUACAUACUACAUAUUGUAUAUACCUUAUAUACAUUUAAAGUAUAAUAUGAAUCGUGUUGGGAACAAUAACUUGGGAAGUACGAGUUCAGACGAAGAAGAGGAUGAUGAAGCCAAAGAAUUAACUGAAGAAUUAGAGAAGAAUUUUUUUAAAACUUUAUCCUAUUUAAAAAAAGAUGAUCCCAAAAUAUAUGAUGAAUCUGUUAGGUUUUUUGACCCAUCAUGUGCCCAAAAAUUUUCAGCAAAAUCUAAUUACAAUAAAACAAAGAAAUCAAAUCCGCUUUUUAUUGAAGAAUAUAAAAGAAAAAUAUUAUUAGAAAAGGGACCAGAAUUUGAUGACAAUAAGGAUGGUAUUAGUAGUGGUCAUAAAAACAAUCUUCGUGCAUCAUCACCCACAUAUGUAGAAGAACAGAAAGCUAUCAAAGAAAGUUUUAAAGACGCUCUAAAUAAUUCUGAUGAUGAUGAAGAUAUAUUAAAACCAUGUGUCAAAAGUAAAGAACAGCUGGAAAAAGAAGAAAAAGAUUACUUAGAAUGGUUAAAAGGUAAUAAAGAUGAACUUGAAGACGAAGAAACUAAAAAAGAACUUCAGCCUUUACAUGACUAUUGGAAUAACCCGAAUUUAGAAGAAGGAGAACAAUUUUUAUGUGAUUACAUAUUGAAUAAAAGAUUCUUGGAAAAAACUAAUGAAAACUUUGAGGAUGAUGAAAUGCAAUUUUCUGAAGAAGAUGAAAUGCUUGAAAAACAUGAAGAAUUUGAACAUAAAUACAAUUUUCGAUAUGAAGAACCAGAUAAAGAAUUUAUUAAAACUUAUCCACGUACAAUGGAAAGCUCUUUGCGUCGAAAAGAAGAAAAACGUAAACUUAAACGUGAAGAAUUAGCUCAAAGAAAAAAAGAAGAAUAUGAAAAACGCUCUCUUGAAAUAAAAAAAUUAAAAAAAAUUAAAAAACAAGAAAUAAUUGAAAGAAUAAAAAAAAUUCAAGAAAUUACCGGCAAUAAAAGUAUAGGAUUUGAGAAUACAGAUUUAGAAAAGGAAUUUAAUCCAUCUGAGUAUGACCAAAAAAUGCAACAAUUAUUUGAUGAAGAAUUUUAUGAUCAAAUGGAUGGUGAUGAAAAACCAGUAUUUGAUGAAGAUGAAGAUGAGUUUAUUAUGGACUGUGAGUAUGAUCCUAGUUUAGAUAAAAGAAAUAAAAAAAAAACUAGAGCUGCUAAACGAAAAGAAAAAAAGAAGACCAUUGUUGAAGAAGUUGAAGAUAAAGAUAACAAUUUCAUUUCGAAAAAACAGAUUCCAAAGUAUGAUCCUUCAAUGGGAUCAUUUGAAAAAUAUAUUGAUGAGUAUUACAGUUUGGAAUGUGAAGAUAUUGUUAGUGGUGUACCAACUAGAUAUUCAUACAACAAAGUUAUUCCUAAUGACUAUGGCCUAACAAUUGAAGAGAUUUUAUUAGCAGAUGAUAAAGAACUUAAUAAAUGGUAUCCUAUUGGAAAAUUAUCUAAAAUUCAACCAGAAGCUGUACAAAAAUUUGAGGCAAAAAUCUAUAAAAGAAAAGCUAAUGAUAUUGAACUGAAGCAAAAGUUAUUGUCAAGUUUGUUCAAAAAAGAAAAUGAAUUACUUGAAAAUGAAAAUCAGAAAUCAAAAAACAAAAAGACAAAAAAGAAAAUUAAAAAGUCAUUAAAAACUAAUGUUUUCAAAGUAAAUACUGAUACAUCUAAUAAACAGAAUAACAACCAAAUACUUCAAAAUAAAACUGAAAUUUCUUCUAACAAUAAUUGUCAGACCAAAGAAACUUUGAAAAAUGUUGUAGUAUCUGAAAAUGUUACACUUAGUAACAAUAAUAAUAUAAAUAUUAGAAAUAACAAGUUUAAGACAAAAGAUUUAAAAAAGAAAAAUAUGAGUAUAAAUAAAAAUAAGGGUGUUAAAAGAAAAUUAGAGCCAACUUUGAAUAGUUUUAACAAAAAGAAAAAAACACAUAACAAGCAAUAUAAUGAAAAAGAACCUAGUGUAUUGGAAUCUUUGACAGAUGAUCGCCUUAAAGCAUAUGGAAUUAAUCCUAAAAAGUUUAGAAAUAAAUUAAAAUACUCAAAUAAAUAAUACAUGUUUUAUAUCAAAAAAGUUACUUUAUUUUAUAUAUUAUUUAAAAAAAAUGAAUCAUAAUAUAAUUAUUACUAUUAAUGUAAGAUAUAAUAUGGGAUGUCUUAAAAGACAGAGAAAGAGAGAUGAAACCCUUUUUCUUAAGCUAUCUGCUUAAAAAUUUUUAUCUUAGGGGACAGUUGCCCCCCUUGACUUUUUGAUUGGUUAGUUUUCAUAAUAUUAUUUAGUAUUAUAUAAUUUUAUAAUAUAAAACGAUUAUUCAUAAUAUUAUAAAUUUCAAGAAUAAAAGCAUUGCUUUUAUAGAUUAAUAAUGACAUGUUGGUUUGGUUUUAAUUUAUUACAUUUAUAGAGACACUUAAUUUUAUAAUACAUAUAAAUCGCUAAAUACACACCAUG